AUGGCAGAAGAGAUGGUGGAGCUCGGAUUCGAGGGUCUUGACCGAUUUGCCGACAGGCAUUUUGACAAAACCUACGACCGUCUACCAGCGAUUCCGAGGACAGCGAAGCAGAAGCGCAAAUUGGAACAACGACAGCGGGAGUAUCUACAGAAGACCCACGGUCAAGCACCACAAGACGGGCCGUACCCGCCGCGAAAUCAUCCUGAAAACCAGCCUGGAAACCACCCUGACAAGGGGUACACGUCUCGCUCCACUGCACCGGAAAGCGCAAGCGGCUAUAAUUCCGACCCAGAGAUGUACGCGCCAGAUUCCCGGCAGGACCGCUAUGGGCGAGACGACGGAUAUCGUGAGCCCGAGCAGAACGGCUACACUGCACCAGGGCCAGGAUUCAAAGUCCCACGCGGCCGCGACGGACCGGGUGAUACACGCGGCAUGCAGGUAGCACCAUAUGAGCAACAAGCCCAGUCUGAGUACGGUCAACAAAGUCUUUACGGAGGUGGCGGCGUGCGGCCAGCACCCCAACGAAGAGGCUCAUCAUGGUCUCCGCCACGCUCCCAGCGACAGGGCCGAUCAAAAUCACGACGUCGUCGGUCGAACUCGCGCGAAAGGGAUAGCUCAACCGACAUGAAGAGCCGGCUGUUGGCGACGGUCGGCGGUGCUUUGGUAGGCGGCUUUGCCGGCAACCGAGCAACUAAAGGAAAAAAGUACGAUACCGUUGCAACGAUUGCCGGAGCCAUUAUAGGCGGCGUUGGUGCAAAAGAAGCGGCGGGCCAUUGGGACGACCGGAAAAGGAAGAAGGAACAGCAGAGAAACGGGGAUUGGGACGACGACUCAGAUGACAGCAAGCGCCGAAGUGAUCGCAGGAGAGACGAUAGAUAUGAGCGUGAUGACAGAAGGAGCGAUGACAGAAGGAGCAGAUACGACUACAAUGACAGAUAUGAGGGCGAUGAUCGGAGGAGAUACUAA